GUCACGUGGGCGAUUUAAAAACUAAAAAAAAUAAAACAAAAAAUAAAUUAAAUUAAAUUACAUUACAUUAAAUUAAAAUAAAAUAAUCACAUUUAAAAAGUCAAAAGGGAUUAAAAAAAAAAAAAACGCACGAAUUCACCCACGCCGUGAAAAAAAAAAAAAAUAAACACCUUUUCGAAUUUUUUCCAUUUGAACGAAUUAAGGAAAAAACCAAAAUAAAAAAGUUACGCCAAAGUGAGAGAAACGCAAGGAAGCGUAAAAAACCGCAGAAUCGCGUACCGCGCUGGAUUGUGCCAAAUUGAGCAAAAAAAAAAUCCUACGUGUGAACGUAUUUUCCCCACAAGGAAAGAAACCCAACAGGAAAUACACCUGCACCUCAUCACUUAGCCCAUCUGUGUACCCCCCCCGCUAAGCAAAAUGUCAAAGGAAACCUUCGCAUUCAACGCCGACAUCAGGCAGUUGAUGAGUUUAAUCAUCAACACAUUUUACAGCAACAAAGAAAUUUUCCUGAGAGAACUUAUUAGCAACGCAAGUGACGCUCUAGACAAAAUUAGGUAUGAAGCCAUCACAGAUACGCAGAAGUUGUCCGCCGAGCCGGAAUUUUUCAUUCGAAUUAUCCCAGACAAAACGAAUAACACGUUGACGAUUGAAGAUUCAGGUAUUGGCAUGACCAAAAAUGAUUUGAUUAAUAACUUGGGAACCAUUGCAAGGUCAGGAACGAAGGCCUUUAUGGAGGCGAUUCAAGCCAGUGGGGACAUCUCCAUGAUUGGUCAAUUUGGUGUGGGUUUUUACUCGGCCUACCUGGUUGCCGACCACGUUGUUGUUGUUUCUAAGAAUAAUGAUGAUGAGCAGUACGUGUGGGAGUCUGCAGCUGGUGGGUCGUUCACCGUCACCAAGGAUGAAACGAAUGAGAAGAUGGGAAGAGGUACCAAAAUUAUUCUGCACUUGAAGGACGACCAAUUGGAGUACCUCGAGGAGAAGAGAAUUAAAGACUUGGUGAAGAAGCACUCCGAAUUUAUCUCCUUCCCAAUUAAGUUAUAUUGUGAGAGACAGAAUGAGAAGGAAAUCACCGCCUCGGAGGACGAAGCGGAGGAGGAAGAUGCUGAGGGGGAGAAGAAGAAGAAAGAAGGAAAGGACCAACUGGACGACGGAGAUAAGCAAGCCCAAGAGGGAGAAGGUGCCGACAAUAAGGAAAAGAAAGAACACAAUGAGGAAGAUGAAGAUAAAGAGAAAGGAGAGGACCAUCCCAAAGUAGAAGACGUAACGGAAGAGUUAGAAAAUGCAGAAAAGAAAAAGAAAAAAGAAAAGAAAAAGAAAAAGAUACACACAGUUGAACACGAAUGGGAAGAAUUAAACAAACAGAAACCUCUCUGGAUGAGAAAACCUGAAGAAGUCACCAAUGAGGAAUAUGCUAGCUUCUACAAAUCGUUGACCAACGAUUGGGAAGACCACCUAGCUGUGAAGCAUUUCUCUGUUGAAGGGCAACUCGAAUUUAAGGCCCUUUUAUUCAUCCCCAAGAGAGCCCCCUUUGAUAUGUUCGAAAAUAGGAAAAAGAGAAACAACAUCAAAUUGUACGUUAGACGGGUGUUUAUUAUGGACGACUGUGAGGAGAUCAUCCCAGAAUGGCUCAACUUCGUGAAGGGUGUGGUAGAUUCUGAAGACUUGCCACUCAACAUCUCGAGAGAGUCCCUGCAGCAGAACAAAAUUCUGAAGGUCAUCAAGAAGAACCUCAUCAAGAAGUGCCUCGACAUGUUUUCCGAGCUGGCCGAAAACAAGGACAAUUAUAAGAAGUUCUACGAGCAGUUCAGCAAGAAUUUGAAGCUGGGAAUCCACGAGGAUAACGCGAAUCGCGCGAAGAUCACCGAGCUGCUCCGCUUCCAGACGUCCAAAUCCGGCGACGAAAUGAUAGGCCUCAAGGAAUACGUAGACCGCAUGAAGGAGAACCAAAAGGACAUCUACUACAUCACGGGUGAAUCCAUCAACGCCGUUUCGAACUCUCCAUUUUUGGAAGCCCUAACGAAAAAAGGAUUCGAAGUGAUUUAUAUGGUGGACCCUAUCGAUGAGUAUGCCGUUCAACAGCUAAAGGAUUUCGAAGGAAAAAAAUUAAAGUGCUGUACUAAGGAAGGCCUCGACAUUGACGAUUCGGAGGAAGCUAAGAAGACCUUCGAAACGAUGAAGGCAGAAUAUGAAGGUCUUUGCAAAGUCAUAAAAGAUGUCCUGCACGAGAAGGUAGAAAAGGUAGUGGUUGGCCAAAGAAUCACCGAUUCGCCCUGCGUGUUGGUUACAUCUGAAUUUGGCUGGUCAGCAAACAUGGAGAGAAUAAUGAAGGCACAAGCUUUAAGAGACAACUCCAUGACUAGCUAUAUGCUCUCCAAAAAAAUUAUGGAAAUUAAUGCUCGCCAUCCAAUCAUCACUGCUUUGAAGCAAAAGGCAGAUGCAGAUAAAUCAGACAAGACUGUUAAAGAUUUAAUAUGGCUCCUCUUUGAUACUUCCCUCUUGACCUCCGGUUUUGCCCUCGAGGAACCCACCACCUUCUCCAAGAGAAUUCACAGAAUGAUCAAGUUGGGUCUCUCCAUCGAUGAGGAGGAGAACAACGACAUUGAGUUGCCCCCUUUGGAAGAGACCAUCGACGCGACUGACUCCAAGAUGGAGGAGGUUGACUAGGCCGCAGCGUCAAACUGCACCACGCGUGUGAGAAAAUGGGGCCACUGCUCAGCACUGUUGCGCAAGUCGUUUCACGAGCCCGCGAAGCGGAGAGAGGCACCAAAAAAAACACGUGUGAUGUGUGUAUGCGGAUAUUAGAGAGAGAGCGGCCACGUCGUGGGGCAGCCUUAACGGGGAGCCGCCGCGCGGCUAUUCACUUCGUUUCGCCUCCACCACGCGGCCCUCUUCUCAUCGUAGCACCCCCCUUUGCACGUUACCGUUUCGGCACACCUCGCAGGGAGGCAAAAGCACAUACACAGCACAUGUAGCAUGCAUACUUAUAUAAAAUAUAAUAUAUACAUAUAAAGGAAAAAUAAAAAAAAAAAUGGAAGCCUCUUGUUUAUUACUUCCAUUUGAAUGUAUUACCCAUGUGCAUGUUAUUUUUUCCCCCCUCCUUGUUGCACACACGUGUAUUUUUUCAACCCCCCAUGUGUGGAGUUGCUAAAUUGUUUAUGCGCACGCGCAAGUGCACGGACACCCAGCAAUUCACAUGCGUAGACACGCCUGCACGUGUUUCUUACCCAUUGCGAACUUUUCAGCGU